UUUUGGUCAGUUGUGAGUCUUUGUCGUUGUCUGUUUCCCCGUCGCGGGUGGGUUGCAAACCGCAAUCCGCAAUUUGCAACCCGCUGCUGCACUUCUCCAUGCCUCCUCCAUUCUCCUCUUUCUCUCUCUCUCCUCUCUUACUCGUUUGUGUAUUUUCCGUGAAUGGUGCCCUUGUGCAGUUCGCUGCACCUCGUGAACCCCUUCGUGCCUCUAAUUUUCCAUCAGCUUGAGUCUCCUACGAGUUCCUUCCAUGGUGGCUCUCUCCACAAUCUCGUGUCACAUUUCGGGAUAUCAAUGUCGGGGUCUUGUUAAGCUAGUUUCGGAUUAGGAGCUGAGGUGGUGAUGCGGGCGUUGGAAGGAUCAGCACGUUUUGGUUUCGAUAGAGUAUCGACUGUGAGGGGUACUGCUGUAGGAAUCAGGAUUACAGGGUGGCACAUGAUUAGCGUUGCGGUGGAGCUUCAGCAGUGUUAAUCAUAUGGCAUGGCGCAGGUGAUGUGCCUUUAGAGACGUGGUAGAAAAACCACGGAUAAAACGUCGCGUUUAAGAGGCAGACAGUUAGGACUGUCGUGAAGGUUUUUAGGAGAGAGAGCGAGAGAGAGAGAGAGAGAGAGAGAGCGUGCGACUUGCCGUGGCUUAUGAAGGGAGGAGUACUUACGUGAGUUGGCAUGAAAGGGGAGCUGUCGCAGAUGUUGCGAUUCGGAAAGUUUGGGAGGGUGCUGACGGCUGGGCUGCAAAAAAUGAAAUCGAGAAAUAGCCUACAUAGUCUGGGGCAGCUGUAGUGACUCGAGGGCAAGUCUGCUCUAGAGUCCCUUGGACACUCUUAGCCAUGCCUCGGGAGGUGGCAUGGUGGCGUCCUUUCUUUCUCAUUGCGUUGAUGCCCAUUGGAGUAUUAGGUAACCUUGAAGGCGAUGCACUCAAUGCUUUGCGCCAAAAUUUGAUUGAUAGUAGCAAUGUGCUGCAGAGUUGGGAUCCCACGCUUGUGAAUCCCUGCACUUGGUUCCAUGUUACCUGCAAUAACGAAAAUAGCGUCAUUCGAGUGGAUUUAGGGAAUGCUGGUUUGUCAGGGUCGUUGGUGCCACAACUUGGGGUCCUUACAAAGCUCCAGUACUUGGAGUUAUAUAGUAACAAUAUUUCAGGAACAGUACCUAAAGAGCUGGGAAACAUCACUGCCCUUGUCAGCCUGGAUCUUUAUCAAAACAAUUUCACCGGCACUAUACCAGAUAGUCUUGGGCAGCUGAGCAAUCUACGGUUUCUCCGACUGAACAACAACAGCUUGACCGGCCCCAUUCCAGUUUCUCUAACGACUAUUACUGGAUUGCAAGUGCUGGACCUCUCGUACAACAAAUUAUCUGGAGACGUGCCUACCAAUGGUUCCUUUUCACUUUUCACACCUAUCAGUUUUUUGGGAAACAGCGAUUUGUGUGGUGCAGUGGUUGGUAAACAGUGUCCUGGGCAGCCCCCAUUCCCUCCUCCUCCUCCAUUCACACCUCCGCCUCCACAAACUCCAAGUGGGCCUUAUGCAAACAACAAACAAACAAUAAGUACAGGAGCUAUUGCAGGUGGAGUUGCUGCAGGGGCUGCUUUGCUGUUUGCCGCGCCAGCUAUAGGUUUUGCCUGGUGGCGUCGUCGGAGGCCCAUUGAGGCGUUCUUUGAUGUCCCUGCUGAGGAAGAUCCAGAAGUGCACUUAGGACAGCUGAAGCGCUUUUCUUUGAGGGAGCUCCAGGUGGCAUCAGACAACUUCAACAACAGGAACAUCCUAGGUCGUGGUGGAUUUGGAAAGGUUUACAAAGGUCGGUUAGCAGAUGGGACGCUGGUGGCUAUCAAGCGCCUCAAGGAAGAGCGCAGUCCUGGAGGAGAGCUGCAGUUUCAAACAGAGGUUGAGAUGAUUAGUAUGGCGGUGCACCGGAAUUUAUUACGACUUCGUGGAUUCUGUAUGACUCCUACAGAGCGUUUGCUUGUGUAUCCAUAUAUGCCAAACGGUAGUGUUGCCUCUCGACUGCGAGAACGUGUGGAUGAAGAGCCUGCCUUAAGUUGGCGAACCAGGAAGCAAAUCGCAUUGGGAGCUGCCCGUGGGCUGUCAUACUUGCACGAUCACUGUGACCCAAAAAUCAUUCAUCGUGAUGUUAAGGCUGCCAACAUUCUCUUAGAUGAAGAAUUUGAAGCAGUGGUUGGAGAUUUCGGACUUGCUAAACUUAUGGACUAUAAGGACACCCAUGUCACAACAGCAGUGCGAGGGACUAUUGGCCACAUUGCACCAGAGUAUCUUUCCACUGGGAAAUCUUCAGAGAAAACAGAUGUUUUUGGGUUUGGAAUCAUGCUUUUGGAGCUCAUCACCGGUCAGCGUGCCUUUGACUUGGCACGUUUGGCCAAUGAUGACGAUGUCAUGCUCUUGGAUUGGGUGAAGGGGUUGUUGAGGGAACGCAAGGUUGAUCUUCUUGUAGAUCCCGAUCUUAAGCAAAAUUAUGAUCAAAAGGAAGUUGAAGAGCUUAUUCAGGUUGCACUGCUUUGCACUCAAGGCUCUCCUUUGGACCGGCCAAAAAUGGGUGAUGUCGUGCGUAUGCUCGAAGGUGACGGACUAGCCGAGCGCUGGGAGGAGUGGCAGAAGGUGGAAGUCGUUCGAAAUCAAGAUUUGGAUUUGCCCCCCCACCGGACCUCAGAGUGGAUUGUAGAUUCAACAGAUAAUCUGCAUGCUGUUGAGCUUUCUGGCCCACGGUGAUUUGUAAAUUCGGAAAAAGAAAAAGAAAAAAGCACAACAAGAAUGAUGUUUUCUUAUCGUAAACGUUCCCACUGCUUUAGAUCGUCUACAUUUGGUCUUGGACAAUUACUUGGGUGUGCGAUCUCACAACUUUGUUGUCUUAGUGCGUACAUUCUUGAAGGAGUGAGAUCAGUCGAUCAAGGAGUUAACCAAAUGCCAGAUCUUAGGUUUCGAUCGCCGUGUCAGAAGAUUUUGACGACCUGUUAGUAGUGUGUAAUCAACCCCACAUUCUCCUCCUCUUGAAUGAGGGUUGAAAGUUGUGCUAGUACAGGUUGGGACAUUCAAGUUCCAGAAACGCAAAUCUAUGCACAGAUUGUAGUUGAGUUUUACUUAUAUAUUUUAUUAGAAGUUAUUCUUAAAUCAAAGCUAGUUGACGACCACGCCUUCUCCAGAGGCAUGUCUAUUACCCUAGCAAAGAAGUUCAUGGGUGACGAGUUUGUGGCAUUUUGUAAAUUAUACGCUUUGACGCUGGUAUGUAGCUAGUCUCUUCCAUCA